CAGUUUUCGAAUUUCUUAUUCAAGCAGAGGCUCUGUACAGAGAAGUGCAUAUUUUCUUGUUGUUGUGACUGCAACAAUGGCGAGUUUCAUGGCCAAAGGCGUUUUGGUGAAGAGCUCGAAAGAGCCUCGUCUGUGGUCUCCGUUGGUGCAUGCUGUCCGUGGUCAGUCCACGGAACCACCGGCAAAGACAAAGUUUGGUCCAUUGAAAGACGAGGACAGGAUUUUCACGAACUUGUAUGGCCGUCAUGACUGGAAACUGAAGGGAGCUCUCAGUCGCGGUGACUACUACAAGACGAAAGAAAUCAUUCUAAAGGGAAAAGACUGGAUCCUCAAUGAAAUCAAGGCCUCCGGGUUGCGUGGUCGAGGUGGAGCCGGAUUUCCGACAGGAAUGAAGUGGGGUUUCAUGAACAAACCGGACGACGGAAGGCCGAAGUACCUCGUGGUGAAUGCUGAUGAAGGGGAACCAGGUACUUGCAAAGACCGUGAAAUCAUGCGUCACGAUCCACAUAAACUCGUGGAAGGUUGUCUCGUAGCUGGGGCUGCGAUGGGUGCUCGUGCUGCCUACAUUUACAUCAGAGGGGAGUUCUACAAUGAAGCCUCCAACAUGCAGAUCGCCAUCAAUGAAGCCUACCAAGCAGGUCUGAUUGGAAGGAAUGCGUGUGGGUCUGGCUACGACUUUGACAUCUACAUGCACCGAGGGGCAGGGGCGUACAUUUGUGGCGAAGAAACAGCGUUGAUUGAGUCUCUGGAAGGCAAGCAGGGCAAACCCAGGCUCAAGCCGCCAUUUCCUGCGGAUGUGGGCGUUUUUGGGUGUCCUACCACCGUGUCGAAUGUAGAGACGGUGGCUGUUGCUCCUACAAUUUGCAGGAGAGGAGGAUCCUGGUUUGCCGGUUUUGGCCGUGUCAGGAACUCGGGAACGAAGUUGUUCAACAUCUCUGGAUGCGUCAACAAUCCCGUGACGGUCGAAGAAGAAAUGUCGAUUCCUCUGAGGGAGUUGAUUGAACGUCAUGCCGGUGGAGUCAUUGGAGGGUGGAAUAAUCUUCAGGGUAUCAUCCCAGGUGGAUCAUCAACCCCGCUGAUCCCCAAAAGCGUGUGUGACGAUGUGAUGAUGGACUUUGAUGCCCUGGUAGCAGCGCAGACUGGGUUAGGAACAGCUGCAAUCAUAGUAAUCGACAACAGCAGAGACAUUAUUCAGGCCAUCGCCAGGUUGUCCGACUUCUACAAGCACGAGAGUUGCGGUCAAUGCACACCCUGCAGAGAGGGCUGCAACUGGAUGCAAAAGAUGAUGCAUCGCUUUGUGGAAGGAAAUGCCAGGGUUGAGGAAAUCGAUCUUCUGUAUGAAAUGUCGAAGCAGAUCGAAGGUCACACCAUUUGUGCUCUGGCAGAUGGCGCUGCUUGGCCUGUUCAGGGCUUGAUCAGACACUACAGACCUGUCAUGGAAGCUCGCAUCAAAGCGUACGAGGAGAAACACGGUGCUGAUAAACAAAAGAAAGCAGCUUCUGCCUAUUGAAAGCAAAGGCCACACAAUGGGAAAAAAGGACCCUGCAGUCAGUCAGUGAUGAUGUCUCGCUCUUCGACGCAGUUCUGAGGGUUUUUUUGUUUUGUUCGUUUGUCGAAAGCGAAAGUUUUUCUCCCAAUCUCUCUGGAAUUUGCCUGAUUUUGUUGCAAAAAAACCCCGAUUUUUUUAAAACAUUGAAAAUGUGCACUGGGAGACUUUUGCCUCAUGCUACUAGACUUGUGAGUUCUCAGGAUUUUCUGCUCUUGUCAUGCUCCCGGUUUUCUGUCGCAGAUGAAUGAGGAAUAAAUAAAUAAAAGUUGGUUUUUAGUGAAGAUUCAUCAA